AUGAGCAGCGCCCCUGGCGCGACCGAGCGCAAGAGCCACAAGCGGCGCAAAAUCGACUCCAGUGAAGACACUCUUUUCCGUCACCGGCCCUUCACGUCCAAGCAAAGCGAACUAUCGACCGAUGGGCGCCGCGUCCAACGAGUGACAACUCACAUAUCCGCGCCGCGCCACGCUCCCGCCGCCACCUCUUCUUCCUCAUCGUCCUCUCUUCCUACAAGGACACCCGGUGACGAGUUCGACUUCACGCAAGGCGACCGGUUCUUCGAGCUCUUCCGCGAUGCUGAGCCAGUCGUGCACGAUAUUCCACCCGCACCAACCGUAGAACAGGCCGAUGCCGAAUUGGACUGGGAAUCUGUGCGAUCGGAGUACCUCGACGAAACGUUCCGCUAUGAAGGUCGGGGCUCUAGGACGAGCUGUUCUGGCUGCAACUCGCAAGAUGCCUUCUAUCGCUGCCGAGAUCAGUGCAUGGGGCAUUGGCUGUACUGCCGCGACUGCAUCGUGAAGGCGCAUGCACUAUUGCCCACUCACUGGCUUGAGGAAUGGAAUCCCGAACACGAAUGUUUCCGCCGCUCGUCCCUCAAGCGUCUUGGGCAGGUCGUACAGCUUGGCCAUCCGCCCGGCGAAUGCUGCAUACAAGCCGACCGUGGCCAUAGCGACUUCACUGUAAUCGACACGAAUGGCGUGCAUAUUGUAGCUGUCCAAUUCUGCGGCUGCGGCAAGAGCGCCGAGAACCACCGCCAACAACUCAUGCGAGUUGGCUGGUGGCCGGGAACCAUCAAGAAUCCUCAGACUUGCGCCACGCUCGCGUGCUUACGCCAAUUCCACAAGCUGAACGCAUGCAGCAAGAUUUCUAUACACGAAUUUUGGCGUGCGAUUGAGCGCCUCACUGACAACACGGGCACGAUACACAUCAAGAGCAAGCGCCAGGUAUUCGCCAGCAUGAUCAAUCAUUUUCGGCACGUCGUCAUGCUCAGGCGCUUCGGGAGGGCCCACGUCGACGACGGCGUGAGUACAACUCCUCAAGGGGGCUUGGCUAUCAGAUGUCCCGCAUGCCCUGAGCCUGGUCGUAACCUACCUCGAGGUUGGCAAGAAGCAGGCCCGGAUACGAGCUUUCUUUAUCAGAAGUUCAUCGCUCAAGAUGCGAACUUCCGCCUUGCCAACGCAGUCCGCUCGAGCGAGGCGCGAAAUCCGCCGCUGGGAGAUGGCUGGGCUUACUUCGUCAAGAGGGAACCUUACCUGAAGUAUGUGAGCUCAUUUGCGAGCGAGGGCGAUAUCUCGACGUGCUCGGGCUUCGCCGCGAUCUUCCUCGCGAAUGCCAAACGUGUGCGCGGUUUGCGCGCAACGGGGGUCGCGGCCGUGAUCUGCUCGCGCCACAAUAUGUUCCUACCGAAUGGCAUGGGCGAUCUGCAGAAAGGCGAACGGUUCUGCAACAUGACAUAUGUUCUCGCUUCCGCUCUCGCGCACGAAGAAGUACCCAACGUCGUUUAUUCAUACGAUGUUGCCUGCGUAUUCGACAAGAAGCUCAAGGACCGCAUUGCUACCCUACCGGCGACCAUCCAGGGUCGCAUUGCCGACAUGGUACUGCGCUACUUCGUCCCCAAUUUCCACUUGCCAGCACAUCGAGCGGCUUGUCAUGCGCUCUAUUCAUUCCACUUUGGGCUGGGUGUCGGCCGGACGCACGGAGAGACGGUGGAGGAGAACUGGUUCCUCCUCAACAAGUCCGCCGCUCAGACGAAGCCAAUGGGUCCUGGUACGCGGCAGCUCACCCUCGAAGAUCACGGUGGCUGUCAUAACCAUGAGAUGGAUGUUAGCUUAGGUCGAUUGUUGCCCCGGAGACUCGUCAAGUCCGUCGUGUCUUUCAUGGAUUCCUACAACGAGUAUGAACAGCUACGUGACGGAGUUGAGAAGCGCAACGCCCCUCUCGUGCAAGAAUGGCUCGAAACCGAGUCGAAGUGGCAACAGGACCGGACGAGCGUGCCGUGUCCUUACGAGUUCACGACGAAAGUGCGAAACCUUAGAGAUGUCGAGCUCUCCCUUCGGCAACAAGAAACCCAGCACACCGCCGAUGGCACUCCUGUCCCGCAAGAAAUGACUGUGACGUCCUUCAUCAAGCUCGGGAUUGAUGUACAGCAUGCCCAGCGCCUCCUUGCGCUCGAGGUCAAAGCCAUCAACAACCCGACGAGUUCGCAGCAGCUCGCCAUACUCAACAAGCGGGUCGCUCUACGCAAAUCCGUCGACAAGCUACGCGCUUGGCAGCGCACGUUCAUGCCAUUGCUUCAAGACAAUCUUUCGAGCGCCGACCUUGCGACGUACAACAGGAUCCCUGAAGCAAUCGAAAAUAUACGUCUGUUCUUGCCGUCCGAACUCACGGAUGCAGCGCGUGCUGCAGCCUGCGCGCCUCACGUCGCCAAAACCGAGAUCGCUUUCCGCACCGCAGAGGCAGAAGAGUGUUUAGAAGAUCUUCGACGUGGCCUGCGCAUACGAACGGCCACGAAUCAAUAUCGCCAGGCCAACGUACGCCAAAUCGGUGCGGCGACGCGGGCGCGCCAGGCAUUCGACAAGCUGGCCAAACGGAUACAUACCUCGAAGGUCCGUUAUCGCUUUGCUCGCAACUGUUUGCUGCAUCUGCGAGGGCCUGGAGACUGGGAGAGGCGGUUGCGCGUUCUGCAAGAUGAAGAUGUACGCGCGUUGAAUGAGCGAGCCCUAACGUCGGAGGAGAAAGCUCAACGCGCUGCGGGAAGGUCCCUUGCCGCUGACACUGACUGGACUGCUGCCGACGGUGUCAUUCUCGCCGGCGUGGUCAACGCCGGCGAGGGCUCGCGGCGUCUUUCGUGGAUAUGGUAUAUGGAUUCCGGACAGGGUGCCGGUGAUGCUGAACUGAACGAGGCUCUUCGAGUCGAGUUUCUCAAGUCGAAAGCUCGCCGUGAUCGAGACCGCGAGGAGACGCAGCUGUUGCUAGAGGAGAUGCGUCGCACGAUCGCGUCGCUAGAUCACGACGCCGAACAGUGGCAGCAGCGUGCUCAUGCGCGCACGACCUGCGACGAACUUGUGAAGGAUGGCCUUCGGUCGUACGCGCUGGAGCAGUCUAUGGUCUGCAUCGAGCGGGCAACCGUCCUGGAGGCGAAGUGGAAGCGGCCUAGGGAGGCUGCUAGACUUGCUUUAGAGCUGUUGUUUGACAAGGUUGGGGAGCUGACUGACGAGGAUGCACGGCAAGAUCUGGAAGAUGCUUUGGAUGGUGUAGAACGAGAUGAACUGGAUGACUUAGAGGACGAAGAAUUUCGAGUGGAUAGCUUGGACAUAAAGAUGGACCCACAUCUGCCACGUGAUGCUCCUAAACUGGGUUUUGACGUGUCACAUCAGCCUUCUUGCUCUCUUCCACCAUCACCAGUCGCGCUACGUGUCGACUGCAUCACGCUCACUUCCUUUUUCUUCACCCCCGUCGCUGCCGCCGCCGCCGUUGGCCACGCUCUUAGACUGUACGACCCCGAGUCUUCCACCAUCGCGCUCAACAGCGCAUCGGUCCAGCAUUUGCUCCGGUCUCUCCACGACCGAUCGACCGGCCCUUUGCAGUGUCCAUCCUGCACUCUUCCCAUCACCCUCAUCUACACACUCACAUCCUCGUCCCCGCCGGCUCCCGCCAUGGACGCGUCAACGCACCCAAAGACCCUCUGUCGCGUGCAUGCCAUGAUACACGGCACGUCUGUGCCGCCGUAUGCAUACAUGCAAGCCUCCUGCCUUGUCGGGAUGAGCUAGGCGCACGUCAAAGCACGUACAGCACGUUGCUACAACAGCUUCGCGCGCUGCUCGACGUAUCAUCCCGAACGACAUCCCAGGCAAUGCGCGAGGACCGGCGCGAGCACGGCCCGACCUCCCGGC